CGGUCGGCCUGGCCACUAAAGUUCCCGCGGCUCUCGGGUUAGGCUGAAAAAAGGGGAGGAAGUGAGCGAGAGGAGGACAAGGGGGGCGGUGCGAGGGGCUCGGCCUGGUCUGGCGGAGGAGGAGGAGGAGGAGGAUGCUGCUGAACGGCGGCUCCGGGGCUGCGAGCGCGGAGCUGAGACUCUGCAUCACGAAGGAUUGCUUCCUGCACCUGACGGCGCAUCUGUCCUCCCAGCUCCAGCUGCAAGAGUGUCAAACAAUCGAGCUAUCCUGGGGUCUUCAGCAGUCGGCGUAUCUAAGUUGGGUGGGACGCAGAUAUGGUGGUUUUAAAGAAGAAAACAUUGUAGAGAUUAACAGACAGCUGGGUGAAAAACUUGGGAUCAAAGAUGGUGAACAGGUAUUUCUCAGACCUUGUUCACAAAUUUCUUCCUGUCACCAAGCAGUCGUGGAACCUCUUUCACCAGAUGACUGGGAAAUAUUGGAGCUCCACAGUGCCUCUCUUGAAAGGCAUAUUAUGGACCAGAUUAGGGUUGUCUUUCCUGGAGGGGUAUUCCCUAUAUGGGUAGAGAAACGCACUGUCAUUUAUAUUAAAAUUGUCUCUAUAUCCCCUGCUGCUGCUUACGGAAGAUUAGAGCGUUUCACUGAGCUCAUUGUCUCGCCCAAACUACGUCAUGCUGAAGGAGGGUCUUUACAAGCUUCCUUUGAUGAAAGCAGUAUUUUUACUAAAAAACUCAAUUCUGACAACACUCAAAUGCUUCAUGACAAUUUUGAGAGAGCAGAGAAUGAACACCUUUUAAAGAGGCCGAAUGAUAAAUAUACAAUACAUGAUCAAUAUAUGAAGGAAAAUCAAGAUAUUUCCAACAAAAAUAUUUUGUCAUAUUUAUGGGGUUUUCUGAAGGACAUAUUCUCUGGAAACUUAGAUGUCUCAGAAAAGUUUCCUUCAAAAGAUGCCUUUUUAAGCACGGUUUCCAACUCUGUUGAGAUGGACUCAAUAUUCAGAGUCUGCAAGCAACUUUCUUAUAAGUUAAAAGCACCAGGUUCAAUACUGCUGAACCAAAGCCAACCUGAUACAGUUCAUGUCUUUCCUUUGAACCCAUAUGUCCCUAAUAUGGGCAGCAAUAAAGUUAUUUAUGGAAAAUUGACAAAACUCUUGUCAUACAGAGAAGCAAAAGAAAAGACAAAGCAGAGUCCGCAGAUAGAAAAGAAAGCUGGAUCUAAUGGUGACAUAAGAACAUCCAAAACCAGAACAGAAGGAGAACAUGAGGCGUGCAUUGUUAAAGUAAUCAUUCAUGGGUGUGAAGACUUCAAAUGUGUCAACAGCUCUACAGGUUUCCACAAUGGAAAAGUGUGGAUUCCAGAUGGUUUGAGAAAGAAGCUCAACUUGGAAGUGUCUGCUGCAGUCAGAAUAAAUUCAGUAAAACCAGACCCUGCCUUUCCAACUGGACUAAAGUUGCAACCUUUGCAAAUACUGCCACCGGGAAUUAAAGAAGAUGAUAUAAAAUCCUCCUUCAUUACCUGGCUGAAUAUUGUGAGCUCUGGGCAUUUACCACUUUUUACAUCAUGGUCAAGUUUGAUACAAAUACCGGUCAAUGAGUGUGACAUUGAGUUAAUGCUGUCUGUGGAACAGCCUGUAGAAAAUUCAAAGACUGAAAUUGAACUUUUUUUACUAUAUCCAUGUUUGGUGAAGGAGAUCGAUAUACAGGUAAUUUUGCAUCCUCCCAUUGGAGACUCUGAAUUUGCAAAGACUCUGGAUGACAUUGACCAGAUUCUUCCAUUUUACAAAUUAAACUGCUUGGGAGGAGUUUGUGAACUUGCCACUUCCGCUUUUGAACACAUCUCUCACAGCCUUUUGGGUUGUCCUCUUUCACGGGACAUGAGCCCUGUUGUUCUGGGUCUUCGAAAUGGAGCUCUGCUGCUUACAGGAAUAAAGGGAAGUGGAAAAAGUACUUUGGCAAAAACCAUCUGCAGAGAUGCAGCAGAUAAGUUGGAAGCGUACGUGGAGAUUAUUGACUGUAAAACUUUACGAGGUAAAAGGGCCGAAAAUAUCCGUAAGAAAUGGGAAGAAGCCUUUGCUGAGGCGAUGUGGAGGCAGCCUUCUAUUCUUCUAUUUGAUGACUUAGAUGAUAUUGCUUGUGCUGCCUCUACACCAGAGCACGAACACAGUCCAGAAGCUAUACUUAGCAAGCAACUUGUUCAAAUUUUAAAGGAUUUGAUUGCUGAAGCCAUUUCACAAGGGAGUCUUAUUGCACUGAUAGCGACAAGCAUCUCAGAAUAUACUCUGCACCCAUCUUUGGUUUCUGCUCAGGGAUCUCAUAUAUUUCAGCGCUUUCAGGAAAUUUCACCUCCAGAUCAGGAUCAGAGAGUACAACUCUUGAGCUCUGUAAUCCAAAAUAAAACUAAUGUCGCAGUGGAGACUUUGCAGAAUAUUGAUCUUCAGAGACUGGCAAAAGAAACUGAAGGGUAUGUGGCAAGAGACUUCGUCAUGUUGGUGGAUCGGGCCAUGCAUUCUCAUGUGUUAACUAGCAAAAACAGCAUUCAACGAGAACUACAUUUGACAAUGUCAGACUUCCAGCAGGCCUUCAAAGGAUUUACACCGACUUCUCUCAGAAAUGCUAACCUGCACAAACCAAAAGAUGUGGGAUGGGACAAAGUAGGGGGACUGCAUGAAGUCAAGCAAAUGCUCAUAGAUACCAUCCAGUUAUCUGUCAAGUAUCCACACUUAUUUGCAAAACUACCAAUACGGCAGCGAUCAGGAAUCCUAUUGUACGGGGGACCAGGAACAGGAAAAACAUUGCUGGCUGCUGCAAUUGCCCGAGAAAGUGGAAUGAAUUUUAUUAGUAUUAAGGGUCCUGAACUGCUGAGCAAAUAUAUUGGUGCGAGUGAACAAGCAGUUCGAGAUGUUUUCAGCAGAGCCCAGGCUGCCAAACCUUGUAUUCUUUUCUUUGAUGAGUUUGAUUCUAUUGCUCCUCGCCGUGGCCAUGAUAACACUGGAGUAACUGACAGAGUUGUUAAUCAACUGCUCACACAGCUAGAUGGUGUAGAAGCUUUACAAGGGGUUUAUGUGUUGGCUGCCACAAGUCGCCCAGACCUAAUUGAUCCUGCUCUGCUAAGACCAGGUCGGCUGGAUAAAUCUGUGUACUGCCCUCCUCCAGAUCAGAUUGCUCGUCUUGAGAUUUUGAAGGCUUUGAGCCAGUCUUUACCAUUAGCAGAUGAUAUUGAUUUUCAGCAGUUGGCAGCAAUGACUGAAUAUUUCACAGGAGCUGACCUAAAGGCUUUACUUUACAAUGCCCAGCUGGAUGCUGUCCACAGUGCUCUGUCAUCCAGUGUAUUCCGGGACACAAGUUCUGGUUCUGAUAGUGACAUGAGCCUGUCGUCCAUGAUCUUCCUGAAUCCCAACAGUGGUUCUGAUGAUUCUCUAGGAGACGUAGAAGGAGGCUUUGAACACUCUCUUGUUCACCUGGAUACCACUGACUUACUAUCUGAUGAUCCAGGCCCUAACAUCUGGCGUUUUUACUUUGGUAGCUCUUAUGAAUCAGAACUGGGAAAUGGAACACCUUCAGAGCCGACCUCUCGCUGUUUAUCAGAACCCAGCUCAGUUACCCAUGACCACAUGGUGACAUCUGUAAAGGAUAUCAUAUGCUCUCACCCCCCAGUGUGCAUGUUGUCAUUGCAAGAAGGGUUCAAAGAACUUAAUCAGGAACAAAUGGAAUGUUUACGCUCAGAGUUAAACAUUAUUAAAGCCAACACCAGGAACAAGACCACGGAGGAUGGGUUUCCGAGUCAGUCAGGGCCCAUAAACUCUCCACCACUUGUUUCUCAAUCCCACCUGCUGGCAGCACUGACUAAUACAAGACCUUCCAUCAGCCAACAAGAUUGGAGGAACUUCACAGAACUAUAUAAUGGCUUUCGGAAAUCCAGAAAUGGAAAGGGGCAGAGUGGAGCCACUAUGAAACCUGGACAAAGAGUGACUUUGGCAUGAGAGAUGCAAUAAUAAUUAAGUCCAUUGUGAAAAUUAAUGUUGCACUACUAAUUCAAUUUUAAAAUAAACAAUACACAUUUUACUUUUUUUAAAUAUAUUUACAUAUUAACAGAAUCUUGUAACUAAAAAAAGUGAAUUAGUGUGAAAUGUCAAUUAUGUUUGAGAUCAUUAUGGAUUUCAAGUACCUUAUUUACUUAAAUCAUUGCUGCUAUAAUUAUUCAACUGAAAGAAUUGUACUUUUAUGGAUAAUUACAAUAGACCAAGUUAUUUAUCCACAAGUUAAACUGAUUGUAUUUUUUUAAACACACAUGAUUUACAUAUUAUGUAUUGGCAAAUUGAUUUGGCAUACUCCAUUAAUACUAGUCCUUGCAUUAUAAAUAGCACCUUAUCAUG